CCUCCGCGCGCGGACGUGGUGACGCGGCGCCAGCGUCGCGGAGCAACAUGGCGGAGCGGCGGAGGUCGGUGUUGCGGGAAGGGGUGCGGAUCUUUACCCUCUGCCUGUGCUGGUACACGGUCAGCUCCGGCGGCAACGUCAUCAACAAGAUGAUUCUGAACAAGUUCCCAUACCCGGUCACCGUGUCGCUGUUCCAUAUCCUCGCCAUCUGCGUCUUCAUGCCACCGCUGAUUCGUGCCUGGAACAUCCCGCCGGCCGCCGAGCUGCCGCCUCGCUACUUCGUGCGCCUUGUGCUGCCGCUUGCCUUUGGCAAGUACUUCGCUUCGGUGUCGGCCCACAUCAGCAUUUGGAAGGUACCCGUGUCGUACGCGCAUACAGUUAAGGCUACCAUGCCUAUUUGGGUGGUGUUUCUGUCCCGUAUCAUCAUGAAGGAGAAGCAAACUAUGAAGGUCUACAUGUCGCUUAUCCCAAUCAUAUCUGGAGUUUUCUUGGCAACAGUGACUGAACUCUCCUUUGACAUUUGGGGACUAGUUAGUGCACUUGCUGCCACCCUCUGCUUUUCUCUUCAGAACAUCUUCUCUAAAAAGGUGCUGAGGGACACACGGAUGCAUCACCUUCGACUUCUCUAUAUCCUUGGAUGCUAUGCUGUAAUCUUUAUGAUUCCAACUUGGAUCCUUGUCGAUCUCUCUGCAUUUUUUGUUAACAGCUCAGUUACAGAUACCUCGCACUGGCAUUGGACACUCGUAUUACUGAUUGUCAGUGGUUUCUGUAACUUUGCUCAGAACAUGGUUGCCUUCAGUAUCCUGAACCUCAUCAGCCCACUUAGCUACUCAGUGGCCAAUGCUACCAAGAGAAUCAUGGUGAUUACAGUGUCUCUACUCAUGUUGCAAAACCCAGUUACUGCCACCAAUAUCGUGGGGAUGAUGACUGCUAUUGUCGGGGUGUUUGCCUAUAACAAGGCUAAAUAUGAUGCCAAUCAAGAGGCCAAGAGGAAGUUGCUCCCAGUAACUUCAGGGGAUCUUAUUUCCCUUAAUCAGUAUCAAGAACUGUCUGAUGAACAGAAGGUACAGCUGAAUGGGACGGCACUGUACCCACAGCACUCUGAGUACCAGUACGGACGGACUGGUCUGCUGGCAGAACAGUCACAGUACAACCGACAGAGCAACGCUGGAGCCACCUAUGUGUCCAAUCGAUUCGAUGUCUAAGACUUGUGAAUGGAGGCGUACAACUUCAUUCGUAACUUAUUCUGUGCACUGUUGGAAACCUUUGGUUAUCCGAUAGAUUUUAUCAAGAGACCUCAUCUGAGGCCCUAUUAUUUUAAUUUUCUGGUAUUCGAGAGAAGACUGUAACUUGGAUUUGAUGAAGAUGUGUGUUAUAUUCUCUGCAAUUCUACUCUUUUUCCAGCAUUCACUCAGGCCGGAUAUCAUGGGGAUUAAGAGCGGGAUGGUAAACCAGUGUGAAAUGAUUACUUCACAUGAAGAAGGGUUCUGCUUAUGUUGAUUCCCUGCCGCAAAGCCUAUUGAUUAGAUGUUGGAUUGGUAAUGAACGAUUAAUGGCCCUGGCCAUCUGAUCCAUUGUAGUCUCUGCAUGACAGAAUUGUGUUUAAAUGCAAUACAGUUGACCAAAUCUUCAUCUAAUGAUACUUUUGGGGUGACUUUUUGUCAAUCAUAUUCCGUUUAUAUAGAUAAUGAUCUUUUGACUGUCAGUGAUUGGUGAAUUGGCAAGUAUUGAUCAAUUAGUUCCAGUAUCUUCCAUGCUGUAUGUAAAUAUGUGUGUGCUUUGGGAGGAGGGAAGGUAUGACAUCAUUGUUAAGGUCUACCUCUGUAAUGUGCAUGCUAGUUCAAUACCCAGGCUGGUGUUUGUUAACAAUAGACACCCUGGUAACCAGACUUGAUUUGAUAAGCUGCUGGUGUUUACAGUAUAGAUUAGUUGGAUUCUGAUCAUGCUAACUCUAAAUCAUAAUAAUCUACUUUAGCAUCCCAAGUUUAAGCAAGCAAGUCAAAUAAACAGACGCAUAUGGUGAUUGAACUACAGAUCAUAUAUUGUUGUCCCCCAUAAUCAAGUUUUAACAGAUUAGCUGAGCUGAGUUAGAAGGUCAUAGGCUCAAGCCCACUUCAGAAUUUUCAGCAUACAAUCUGAGCUGCAAUUGGCUACAAUGACAAGAGAGCUCAAGAACAGAAACAUUUUUUUUGCAAAGCCCUGUAAUUUUGAUUGCUGAAUGUAAGGAGAGCAUGGGAGUUGUUCCUAAUGCCUGGGCCAAUGUUUCUCAACCAAAGUUACCAAAACAGAUUUUUAUAUCACCUACUGUAUUUGUUAGGACAGCUGUUCGUGGGAUCUCGCUGUAUGCAAGCUGAUUAUUGUGCUCCUACAUCACAACAAUAAAUGUGGAAAGUUUUUUUUUGCGGGGGGGGGAGCUUUGAAAAGGCACAAAGCACUGGGUGAAUGCAAAUCUUUUCUAUAUUCAGACAACCCAGUAAUUUGUAAUAUUUAAAAUUGUAGACAGCUGUGUUGGGAAAUGUGUGCUUGUACGGGUGAAAUCGUGAGGUGUCAGUCUACAAUUGAUGCUGGCAGCCAGUGUUCAGGACAAGUGUGCAGGCUCCAAGAUGGGAACAAAUCUCUUUAAAAUGUUGAAAAUUCGAUAGAUUAGGAUUUACAAGAAGAUGGUGCAGAAGUAAGCUGCAAGUUAUUUUCAGUGUAUUUCUUCUUGUGAAUAGCGUACAUAGAACAGGAACCUGUCAUUUCUGUACAGAUGCAGUUUUAUACACUAUUGUUCAUAAUCACCCAAGAAUUGGUUCUACUGUGUCAGAGUUACAUGUACCCAAAUAUUCAUCCAUUCUGUUUUGCUCUUUUGUAAAGCAAAAUCAUUAGUUACAGUUAAAAAAAAUUGGCAGUAACUAAAUAUGUAUCAGCUGGCUAAAUUGCUGGUCUUGGAUUGACUUGUGUCAUGCAGCAGUUUGUUGUGCCCAAAGAGAGAGAUAAAUGCUUUAAUGAAUGAAAAAUAGUCACAUCAGUACUACCAAAUAAAAGGGAAGUGCUUUCUGUACUUGUUCAUCAUACAAUCCUCUUGGUGCUUGUUUCUUCACUGGUUCCUGUUUCCUUUAGAUUUGAGAAUAGCUUCCAUUUCCACUGGGGCUCACAUUAUGUCACUAUUUUUCUUGGACUGUUACUGUCUUCCUUUCUUUGUAUCUUCUGCAUAUUAAAUCAUCUUAUAAUUGAAAAUGAUUUGUUCACACUUUCCUGUUCCCCCAAUUACUGCCCACCCUGAACAGUUUAAUGCCAAAAGUGAACAUUGGUAAUUGCAGUGUAUGUGCAGGGUGCAGGGUCCAGGUGCAUUCCUCAAAGGGGAGGACCAUGCAAUAAUGUGUAACGAAAUUCUCAAUGUUAUAAAUGGAAGAGGUCCAGAGGUCUGUUUUUAUAAUUUUUAAGUUAUUAGUUAAAAUCCAGCUAGGUAACAUUUUGCAUUGCAUUCCACUUUUUGUGCCCUGAAGUUUGUAUGGCUUCAGCAUUAGCAAAGAUGGUGAUAGCGCUCUGCAUCACCACGAUAAUUAAACCAAUUCCCAUUAUAACUUACUGAAUAUAAACUGUGGGGAGCAUUUGAAGUUAAAAUGUCCUAUUUAAGCCUGUUUUACACAUCAUUCACUGAAACUCUUCCAGGUUGUCACUGAGAAUCUUAUUUUGCAGUAUAUCUAAGAAGUAGAACUCAUUUUGGGAGUUCAUUGAAACAUUUUUAUUGGUAAUUCUCAUGCUGAAUUCCAUUGCUAUGUUUAAAUUUCUAUCCUGUCUUGCCAAGACUGUGCUCUUUGUUUAAACUAUGCAGCUUAUUCCUUAAAGGGGAAGAAGUUUAUUCCUCAAAUUGACUAAAUUCCAUUGCUUCAAAAAUAUUCAAGUAAUUGUAAAGUAUUUUGGAAAAUACAUGAGAUGCCUUUAUCUAAAAGGUACAUGUGUACUGCAAACUCAAGAUCUAUAAGUAUAUGCAUACUGCAGCUGCAGAAUAUCAUUAAUUGUUACAGUGUAUUUGGCUUGGUUCUGAAGUGAUGCCCAUAUGUUCAACUACUUGCAGUUCUCAAUAGUGCAGCCUGUAUUGAAUGCUAGAGAAACAUUCAUUUGAUCUGAUAAAAUGACCUCUGUUACCAGUUUUAAAACAAAUACAUCUGAGUUUUAACACAAAAGCUUAACACAGCUGUAAGGUUUAAAGAUGGAAUAAAAUGGUUUAAAGAUCUGCUCAGCUCCCACUGAUGGCUGCACUGCCAGCUAUAAAGAUAGUGGAUUGUGCCCAUCCAUAGUUCAUGUUCUGACAGUAGUUUAAUUUCAUCCACAUCUCCACAUUUUUUGUCUCUUUAGAGCACAUAAGACUGAUUUAUCUGGCUUUAAAUAGCCUUUUUUAAAUGUUGUGCAAUAUUUAUUUUAUAAAUACUGUAGACAUUUGAGAUUAAAUCUACCUCUCAGGGUUUAAUUGUGGGUAGUGUACUAGUUGUAUGCAGGUGUAAUUAAUAUUCUCAACAGCUGUGUCACUGAAAUGUGUAAAACUAAUUAGCUUAAAAAUUGGACAGAUUACUUCUCUUGGAAUGGGGUUUUACAUAUAAGAUAUGCAAAUCUAUAAUUUAAAAAGUCAUAUAGGAAAUUGGGGUAUUUCUAAUUGAACAUGAAAGCAAUUGGUUUGUGAAGUUUCAUGUAGCCAGUCAAGUGCAAACGUUUUUUGAAGCUGGAUAAUGGAAGUUUAAUAAUCUUAAGAGGUGCAGGUACAUAUGGGAUGAAGAAUUAACGAGUAUAGGAAAUUUAGAAAUUUGGGGAUCUUAGUAGCAAAAGGGAACAUAGGUUACUUGCUAACUUGGAGAGAAUAGAACACAAAGGAGUUCAGGGGUACAUGAAUUUAGGCUAUGUAACAAGUUAAUUCGAAUAAAGUUUGAAUCUGGUGUGCUACUUACUCAUUUUCUUGCUGUUAUCUAGAGAUUUACUUUUUAAUCAAAUAACAUUAACAGAAAAAUUGCUCCCCUUAGACAAGUCACCCAUCCUUUGUUUAAAAAGGAAAUCAUUAUAUUUGUUUUAAGGACAGUGUGUUGCUGUGCAAUUCAUUGCUGUUCAAAAUUUUACUUUUGUCCAUUAGUAUAAACAAUGGUAAAAGUGUUCGUAUUCUCUUUUGUCACAGUGAAAAUUAUGCUUCAUAAUCUAAUGUGAAUUACAGAAUUAAGUGAAUUUUCUCUUGGACCUAGUUUAGACUCGCAGCAUUAAGUUAAUUUCUAAUGAAGUUAAAAUGUAUUUUGGGGGGAAUUCAGUGAUUUGCUUGCUUGUUUUUCUAGCAGAGGUGUUGAUUUUACAUUAAAAUAAUUAUUCAUAACAAUAUAGGCAUCUGAUAUAAUGCCGGUACUACAGAAACAAAGCUUCCAAGGAUGCCAGAGUGUUCUGACAUGCAGGUUUUUCUCCCUCUCUCAUGGAAUGCGUCUAUCCUUCUCUGGCCAUAUUGUGUAUAUUUUCACUCCGACAUCUUUGUCCUUAAACUAACUGCCUUAAUUAGCAAACAAAGUAAGUACAGUUAGUAAUGAAGGUGUUGAAUGUCUUGCCCUGAAAGUGAAUUGACCUGGGAUUUUAAAACGCAAAUAACAGGAAUUCUGCAGAUGCUGGAAAUUCAAGCAACACACAUCAAAGUUGCUGGUGAACGCAGCAGGCCAGGCAGCAUC